AUGAAAAUUAAUGUACUAAAUAUUUAUUUAGUUAGAAACAAUUGCCUAAUAUAUCAAAAACACCUUAAGCAAAAAGUUUCCAUUCAAUAGAGCAUCUUUUUAACUCGUCUUAAAAAUAAUCUAAAUAAUGUCAUGAUAAUUCGUUAAAAUCUUUUCAUAACAUAAGUAAUGUCUCAUUUAUUCGAAAUGAUAAACAUAUAGUAAAACAAGAUGUAUGAUAUAAUUUAAUUUUGUUUAGUAAUAUUAUGCAUCUCCAUUGUUAAGUAAAUCUCAAAUAUUUGAAGUUGAGAGAUAAAGCAGACAGAGAAGAAAUGAAGUGUAUUCAUAAAUGUUAAGUGAAAAUCCAUUCAAAUUUAAUAAUGAUUCUUAAGAAGAAAUAGUUUCUGAAUAUCCUCGAAGUACUUACAAAAAUUUAUGCAAAUUUUAGAAGUAUCAUCGAUUCAUGUCAAUUUAUUUGAUCUUAGAGAUAAAGAAAAAUUAGCAUAAUUAUUGCAUGAAACUAGUGAAUUUUCUGAUAAAAUAUCCUAACAUAAUCCAUAAACUAAACCAGCUAAUGUUCUAAUUUAAAGAUAAGAUGUCAUAAAAUUAGCUUAAUGGAUAGAUUAUUAAAUGAAAAUAAUUGUAGGAGAUUCUAAACUGAAAGAAGAGAAGAUGCUUAUGUAAUUAGAAUAGGUAUUCAAUCAAAGUCUUAAAGAAUUAGUAAGAGAAAUAUCUAUUGAUUGUUUAGAAAAAGGGUAAGUAUUUACUUUUAAUUAGAGUAUUAUUGGAAAAAAUCUGGAAUUAAUAUGUAAACUUCAAUAACAUUGUUCUCUCUGUAAAUCAGUAAGAUAAAAUAAAUUAAGAAAAAGAAUACUUAAAUGAAUUAAAAUAAGUAUUUUUAUUAUAAAUUAGGUUCAUUAAACUUAUUAAUUAUCUGUACAAGUUUAUGAAGAUAAAAUUAAAUUUUUAGAAAAAUAAGUAUAAUUCUUAUAAUAAAAAUACGAAGAAAAAGAAAUAGAUUAUGACAAUCUAAAUUCUAAAUAUUAACAUAUUAUAUAAUUAUUUGAAACUUUAAAAUAAGAAAAUUAUGAACUCAAAAAUAAUUAUUGUAUUACUAUGAAUUAAAAUGAGCAUUUAACCAUUCAAACUAAUUCUUUAUUGAAUGAAAAUCAAAAAAUAUUAAAAUAACUUAAUGAUAGAAUUAAUCAUAGUCUCUAAAAAUCAAAAAGAGGUCAUAAUAUUUAUGGGGAAUUUGAUGAUAAUAAAUCAACUAGUUGUUUAGAUUUAUACACUAUUAUGGAAAUUCAUGUGAAUAAAUAAACUUAAACUAAUGUUGAAAAAAUUUAACAAUCUGCUUAAACUGAUUAUAGAUAUUUCAAAUAAAUUGGUAUUCAAUGUGAAAUAAUGGAUUCGGAUGAUUAACUUAUUUCAUCUCCUUAAUCAUCAUUUAACAGGUAAUAUAAUUAUUAUUAUAUUUGUAGAAAUAAUUCUAAUCCCCCAAAUUCAGAAUUAAGAAAGAUUAAAGAAAUCAAUUUUGCAUUAGAAGAAAGAGUAAGAAUUGAAAUUAAAGUCUAAGAUGAAUUAAGGAAAUAAAAACAAUAAAUUUAAAGAGAAUUUGAGGUUUAAAAACUUAAAAUUAAUAAUCAAGAUGCAUUAAUACUUUAAUUAUAAAAAGAUAUAGAUAAUCUGUAAUAACCAUCAGAAAAGAAGCAUGAUAAUAAAUAAAGAGAAAUUACAAUUGUUAGUAUUGAUCAGUAAAAUACAGAUUAAUAAAUGACUCUAGCUCCUUAAUAAACUAUUUUUUCUAUAAAAACAAAUUAAAAAAUUGAAAUUUAAAAUAAAAUUCAUUAAAAUGUAUCAGAUAUUAAUAAAUUAUAAUAAAAAAAUAAAUAAUAAUAAAUUGAAGGUUCCAAAUAAAAUUAAAUAUAACCUUCUCAACAAUUAAAACAAACAAACUCAGGAUUAAAUAAGGUGAAUUCAGUUGAAAAUAAAGAAUCUAAAAUUUAAGUUAAAUCCAUCAAGAACUCUUCAUAAAUUAUUCCAAGAAGAUUAUCAUAAAAUUCAUUGCAUUUUAGUAACUCACAAGAGUUAGAUAAAAAUUAAAUUAAUGAAGAUCCUUUAACUAAAGUUAUUAACGAUUUUAUGAAUGAUUCAAAAACUUCUCUAAAUCAUAGAUCUAGUAUUGUUUAACAGAGAAGACAAACUUAAUAAUAAAACUAUAUUAUGAUUUAAUAAGAAAAACAAUGUAAUAUAUUGUUGUAUAUCAUUAGAAUAAAAAAAAAUAAAACUCAAAAAGGAAAACAUUUAUGUUGAUGUUGCUUUAGCUUUUAUAAGUUAAUUACAAUAAGAUUUUAAAUAAAAUCCAGAAUUAAUUGAAAAUACAACAACUUUAUAAAAUACAUUAAAGUAAGUUUCCUUUUUUUACAAGGAAAGGUUGGAGUAAAAGUAUCCACUAUAUGCAAUUUGCUAUGAAUAUUUUAUGAAUUAGUAUGGAUUAAAAAACGUUGCUGAAUCAAAGAUGACAUAGUUUUGUUAAAGUUUAAUAUCUUACUCAUCAAAUAAUAGAAUUAAAUUAUUUGCAAGAUUUCUACAGUUAUAUGAUGGAAUUUCCAAUGAAGAUCUAGAUUUCUAUAUUUAAUCAUUAUCAACCUUAGAUGAGCAUUCUAAUCCUUUAAAUCUUUUAUAUUGUAAUUAAAUCAACGAUUGUGUCUGCAUUUAGCAAAUGAAAAUUUAAAAAUAACUUAUGAUUUUAAAUGAAAAAGGAUAAGAAAUACUUGAAUAACUUAAAUAAUAUCAGAAAAUAAUUAAAGGAGAGAUUUAUUUAGACUUAGAUUAAUAUUAUUUAUUGUGUAUAGAACAGUUUUAAUACUUAAGAAAAAUAUAACAAGAUAACUUUAAUGAACUUUUUUAAGCAAUCGAUAUUGAUGAUAACAAUAUAAUCAGUAUUGAGGAAUUUCAAAUAUUAUUUCAUUUAAUUGAAGAUUAAAAUAACAUUUUACAUUAUAAAAAACUAUUCAAGAAAGAGAGUCAAAAUAAUGAUGGAUUAAACUUUUAUCAAUUUGGAAUGUUUUGCAUGCACAAUAAUUUAUUUACUAAAUAAAGGUAGGUUAAUUUCUUUUUUUAAAGUUAAGUUAGCAUUAAUACAAUUUAUAACAAUUGGAGUAGUUAGCGAAAUCUUAUUACCAGCAGACUGAAAUAAUCAAAUAAUUUUAAUCAAUACUAUUAGAAUUUAAUUCGGAAAUUAGAUAACGUAAAAUUAUAAAAUCGAAUUAUUAGGCUUUAAAAAAUAAUCUAAGCUAUGCUUGGAAUUUGUGGAGAAUCUUAGAGGAAUAGUCUAAAAAAGUUUAUCUGGAUUCUAUAAUUAUGAAUGUAAUAGCAAAAAAUUUUAAUAUCAUCACUGAAAAAUAUGAAUAUUUAUUCUCUAAAGAUUGA